AUGGACGAAUAUAUUCGCUGCCUGCGGGCUAUUGUGGACGCCCGCUCGAAAGUAUUCAUUGUACUAGAUGCUCUGGAUGAAUGCACUAGUGGCUCGGACGAGUGCGAAGAUCGGUCACUCCAUAAAUUUCUGGAUGUAAUCUUCCAGCUCCAAGUCACGGGGAACGUGAACCUGCUUGCUACUUCAAGGUUCAUACCAGACAUCAGCAAAAGAUUUGAUGCAGCACUGGUUCAGGAAGUCCGAGCAUCUUCAGAUGACAUCACAAGUUAUGUGUCUACCGAAGUGAAAUUGAUGGGAGGUAAAAUCAAAGGGGAUGACGAGCUCCAAGCGGUAAUCAAAAAGACAAUUCUUGAAGCUGUUGACGGCAUGUUUCUCAUGGCACGCCUCUACAUUCAGUCACUUCGCGCUUGUAUGAUGACGAAACGAAAGGUAAAGGAAGCUUUGGAGCGUUUUGCAAGACAACAGUUUGCAUCAGACACAAAUCGGACUCACCGUGCGUACGACGAGGCUGUCUUGAGAAUUGACAGCCAGAACAAGGAAUACCAGAUAACCGCGCGACAUGCGUUACUCUGGAUUACUUAUGCGGAACGACCUCUUACAGCCAAUGAGCUCAUACAUGCCCUGGCAGUGGAAGGAGGAAAACCGUCAUUCGAUGAAGAUAACGUGGCACACAUUGAAGAUGUAGUGUCUGUUUGUGCUGGCUUGGUCGCCCUAGAUGACAAAUCUGGUAUCAUACGUCUUGUGCAUUAUACUGCGUAUGAGUAUUUCCAGGGCACACGCCCAGACUGGUUUCAGAAGACCCAUUCCGAUAUCACAUCAUUAUGUGUCACUUAUCUUUCCUACGACAUAUUCACGUCUGACCCCGAAUUCUCCGAAUUACCCGAAUUCCCUGGAGAGUUUACACCUCCAAGACGGACUAAAGCAUAUCAUCUUUACAGCUAUGCUGCUGCAUACUGGGGUCAUCAUGCUCGCCGAGCCGGAGCAUCGGCUGUUGACACCUGCAUGAUCAAAUUUCUGGACAACGCACAUCAAGUGAAGGCAUCAUGGGCAGCAUUGCUUGCCGCCCAAAACGCUGAAGGCAAGUGGCCGUAUGCCAUGCACAAUACACAAGCCACGGGAAUACACUUGGCAUCUUACUUCGGAAUUCAAGAAGCUGUGCAACGGCUCCUGGCCAAGGAGGGAAAUGCCAACCACGAUGAUGGAGCCGAAAAUGCUUCUGAAAAUUCUGAAGAAUUCAGUUCACAAGCACUAAAUGUCGCUAUGAACUUCGGCCAGGAAGGCGCCGCUGUGAGAUUUAUUGAGAGGGGUGCAGGCAUACACAGCAACGAGAGGCGAUCCCAUUUUGUCCACUCUGCUGCGCAACAUGGGAUGUAUCUGGCUCUUGAGCGCCUACUUAGUCUCGGGGCAGAUCCGAAUAUGGUGGAUAGGUUCCUGUUCCCUCUGCGGGCAGCUGCCAGCCGUGGAUGUGAAAAAAGUGUCACGUUGCUCCUUGGAAGAGGCUGUCGAAUCGACGACUGUGAUGAGAUUUCGGGAACUGCGCUAAAAGCAGCAGUGAAAUCAAAUCAGACAAAAAUCGUUGAACUGCUUCUUGAUCACGGCGCUGAUCCCAAUAUUGGGGCAAGCUACGUGGCCUCGACACCGUUAUGGUCAGCUGCCGAUAUAGGGCAUGCAGAAGUUGUCUUGCCUCUGAUUGAGAGAGGUGCUAACAUUAACGUUAUUGGCGACUGGGGUACGCCGUUAUCUCAGGCUGCCGCUAAAGGACAUGCAGACAUUGUCCGGAUUCUCCUUGACCGCGGUGCCGACAUUGACCUCCCUGACAUGAGAGGGAACACGCCGCUUUGCAGGGCCGCUGGUGCGCGACACACUGAAGUCAUUCAGCUGCUUUUAGAUCGAGGCGCGGAGAUCUCGGCGGUCAAUCACAAAGGCGACUCGCCCCUACACAUGGCUGCUGAAGUUGAAAGACUAGCGAGCUUCCAGCCGUUGCUUCACCGUGGCGCAUACUUCGGGGCCACCAACAAGAAGCGCGAUAGUCCACUAAACUGGGCUGCGCGAUGGGGUCAUAUAGCAAGCUACGGCCCUGCACGGAGCUGCUAG